GUAAUUAAAUAUAGAACAAGUAGCAGCUAGACGCAGUGCCAAAUUCUAUUGUUAGAGCACCUCUACCCGACAUAACGCACCGAUUAACUCGCAUUGUUUCCAACCCGAGAGAAAGUCAUAGGUCUUCGUCCGCCAGGACUACCUGAGACAAUGUCCAGGUUCUCUCCAAGGAAGUCUGGGCAGGAUCCUGAGAAAGAUGUACCUGUCCACCAGCGAAUGGCACUGUCUCAGUCAAACACAGAAGAGCGAGGGGACAUAAGAGGUGGACGAAGAGGAAGAGGAGGGGGAGGAGGAGGAGGAGGAGGAGGAGGAGGAGGAGGAAGGGGAGUGAUGGACAAAGGAAGAGGUGCACGAGGAGAAGAGAGCACAUCGUCCUCACGCCCCUCUCCUAAAGUGAUCCCGAGACCUCCCAACCCUCCAGCCUCUCAACCCCUAAGUCCAGGCGUCAGUACAGUUCCCCCUCCCCCUAACCCCUCCUCCGAUUCAGAGCUCCACCCCUAUUCUCUCCCUUCAUACUGUGAUUUGCUCUUUACCGCCUUGCGAGGCCUACAGGGGGAGGGGCUUCUGACGGACUGUGACCUGCAGCUCCAUGGCAACCCCUUCAGAUUCCACUGGGUGGUGCUGGCAGCUGGCAGUGAAAGGGUGGAGGCAUGGCUUCGAGCAGGAAAGGCGGGACUAAACGAGGCCCUGCGACAGCUGUCCGAGGGUCAUGUGACCGCGCCAGGACUUGGAGCUGUGCUGGAUUUCGCUUACGCCGGAGAGAUGGUUGGGACACCCCCUGACACUGGGGCACUGGAAGAUGUGAUGUCUGCUUGCAGAUAUCUAGGUGUUCCACGGUUAGCACAGGUGUGUAGGGGAGAUGGCGCCCCCUGUGUUGGCCCGAAGGAGAGAGAGCAGAGCCUGAAGGUCCUCCGGAGAUUGUGGGUGCACAGAGUAGGCUGUGACGUCCUCAUUCAAACCGAGAAUGGAGAGAGUUUUCCAGCUCACCGAGUGGUUCUCGCAGCCGGAGGGGACUACUUCCGGGCCCUCUUCUGUGGAGGGUUACGUGAGUGCAGCCAGGAUGUGGUGUGCCUCCGCGGCGUGUCCUCCAGCGUGCUGCGCCCCCUCUUGACCUUCCUCUACUCCGGCAGGCUGGAGCUGGGCUGGCCUUGCGUGUGGGAGCUGGCUGAAGCAGCGCUCCAGUUCCAACUGCAGGGGGCGCUGUCGCUCUGCCUGGCCUUCCUCCAGGAGAGGAUGGACCCCAGCUCCUGCCUGGACAUCCUGGCCCUGGCGGAGGCCUAUGGGCUGGGCGAGCUGGUGCAGGCGGCCGAGGGGUACAUCCUGGCCCACUUUCAGAAGGUGGCAGAGGGGGAGAAGUUCCAGGACCUUCCCCCUGCUCAGCUAGAGAGACUGCUUGAGAGAGACUCUCUCUGUGCUGAGAGUGAGCUGGUGGUGUUCCAGGCAGUGCUAUGCUGGGUAGAGGAGGACUGUGGAGCAAGGCUCUCCUUCCUGCCGGGGCUCCUUCGGAAGGUGCGCCUGCCCCUUAUGUCCCCAUCUGAACUGCGGCUGGUGCAGGGCUGCGGCCUCCUGCGACAGACCCGCUGGGGGAGGGCAGUGCUGGAGGAGGUGGCAGACCUCCUGGAGGGAAACCAGAGGUACCCGGACUGCCGCCCUCGCACCGCAAACCAGGUUCUGGUUCUGGUAGGGGGGGACUGCGUGGAUGAAAACUUCGCUCGACGUGAGCCCAACCGCAGCCUGUGGGUUGCCCGGCGGUUUUUGACUGGACCGGGUCUGAUCAGAACCGUGGAGUGGUGGCCACUAGCCCAGCUCCCCGAUCCACCCCGGUUCCGCCACUGCGUGUGUGUUCUCCAGAACAAGCUCUACAUCAUCGGGGGCCGCAAGUACUACGGGGCACUGGACAUUCUCAAGUCAGUCAUGAGGUUUGACCCUGUGCAGUGCAGCUGGGAGCAGUUGCCAGAUAUGGCCGUUCCCAGAGAUUACUUUGCCGCUGUUUGUCUCAAUGGGAAGGUGUUUGCACUGGGUGGUAGCCAUGACGAAACACAGUACCUGGACACUGUGGAGUACUUCACACCUGAGGACAACACCUGGAGGCCGGCCCAUCCUCUGGACACAGCUCUCUGUGGGCACGCCGCCGCCGUGUGGGACGGGGAGAUCUUCGUGUCGGGUGGCUGCGAUGCCAACCUCCGCUGCCUCUCUGCCCUGUGGCACUACCACCCCAAACGUGGCUGCUCUCGGCGCGCGUCCAUGGCGACGGGAGCCGGGCGCGCGGGUCACGUGAUGCUGCCGGUGCCCGCCGGGCUGGUGGUGGCGGGGGGGCUGCAGCCGUCCUGGCGGGGGUACGCCGACCAGCUGCAGUGUGAGAUCUACUCCCCCUCCCGCAACACCUGGAUGCUCUUCCCCGUCCUGCCCCGCCCCCACCUGUUCCCAGCCGCCGCGGCUCUGGACGGGCAGCUGUACGUGAUGGGGGGGUCGUCAGCGGACACGGCGCGGGACACGGCGUGGGUGCACCGCUACGACCCCCGGGAAGGACGCUGGGAUAAGUUGGGGGCCAUGCCACGACCUUACACUGACCUUUGUGCCUGCAUGCUGCAGCUGCCACAGGGUGUACAUGGGUAGUAGAACUAAAAACAGUGUGUUUAUGUGUGUGUGUGUGUGUGUGUGUGUGUGUGUGUGUGUGUGUG